UUAAAUUAAUAUUGCAAACAAAGGUGUUUUUUCUUAGUUUUCCAAUACUUUGGUUUGCUGUCUGGGUUUUUGUGACACUGAUUUAAUCAAUAUUCACCAAGACACAAACAAAUAUGGUUAACUUAAAUGUAAAAAAACCCCAAAAAACAAACUUUAAUGUAAAAUACAUUGUGACUGGGAAGCACUUGGCAUUUUGGCUUACAGUGAUCAGUUUUAAAAUCAAUAUGUUCUUGAGGGAAAUUUGAAAAGGGAGGCCCUUCCACAAAAAAAAUUAAAAAUACAUGAAUAAAUCCUGCUACAUGUCACUGUUCUGUGAAAGCACAUUUUGGUCAGUUCUUGCCCAACAAAGCUGCUUAUAUAACAUUUACUGCACUAUGUACAGUCUCUGUCACAUGGUGUCACUGUUGACCUGUAAAGCAUAAUGCAUCUCAUUCCUGGAAGUCAUGACACACCCAUUUUAAAGGGUGUAGGACACAUCUUUGUGGAAGAUGUGCUUUUUAUUUUUAAAUUAACAACAGGACCUUAGGACAUGAGCAAAGUAUUUUUGUCAAAGCUUUAAAAUCAACAAGAACAACACAUGCUUCCAGAAUCUGCUGUAUUUUUUCCCGCAGACGAAAGGAUGAUUUUUUGGACCACUGUCUUUGUCUUGUGUGCAGUAUGGCCAACUGCUUUGUCUGUGACACGAUACUCCAUAGCCGAGGAGAUGGAAAGGGGCUCUGUUGUGGCUAAUCUCGCUGCGGAUUUGGGACUUGAGCUUGGAGGUUUGGCACAACGGGAGGUAAAACUUGAUAUUUUCCACAACAAAAAAUAUCUAGAUGUAAAUAAAAAGACAGGGGAGUUGUAUAUCGUGGAAAAAAUGGACAGGGAAUAUCUUUGUCCAGCGAAACCCACGUCCUGUUUUUUAAAGCUUGAUGUUAUCAUAGAAAGCCCCUUACGUAUCUUCAACAUUGAGCUCGGAAUAACGGACAUAAAUGAUAACGCUCCGCAUUUUCGACGCGACAGAGUAGAGCUAGAUGUUUCAGAAUCGGCAACACCGGGAGAGAGAUUCUCCCUGCCUAAUGCUGUGGAUCCAGAUGUUGGCCUAAAUACAAUUAAAACAUACAAACUCAGUGUCAGUGAACAUUUCACCAUUGAAAUUCAGACGGGCAGUGACGGAACUCAAUAUGUUGAUUUGGUGUUGACCAAGUCUUUAGACAGAGAGGAGAAGGCUGUUCAUAAUUUAAUCCUGACUGCUGUGGACGGCGGAGUCCCUGUGCGCUCCGGCACUGCCAAUAUUAUUGUUAGAGUACAGGAUACAAACGACAACCCUCCUCGGUUUGACAAGCAGACUUACACAAUUAACAUGACUGAAAAUUCCCCAAUCGGAGCCACAGUGAUGAAGCUCAACGCUACAGAUCUUGACGAGGGUCUGAAUUCAGAGAUAGUGUACUCAUUCACCCUUUACACGUCAGAAAAAACACAAGAUGUAUUUGCGUUGAACCCCAACACAGGAGAGAUAACUGUGAAGGGAACGAUUGACUAUGAGGAUAUGAAAUUUUAUGAGAUGCACAUUGAAGCAAGGGAUAAAGGGGCAUAUCCCUUACUGGGCCAAUGUAAAGUAGUCGUCCACGUGACGGAUAUGAAUGACAAUUAUCCAGAAAUCACCAUACAGUCUGUUAAAAAUACAGUGGAUGAGAACAUCCCAGUAGGAAGUGUCAUAGCUUUGAUAGGCAUAAGUGACAGAGACACUGGUGACAAUGGAAAAGUAAGCUUAUCCAUAUAUCAGCCCAUGCCCUUUAUUCUUAACAAGUCAUCAGACAGGCCUAUGCUUUACAAGCUCAUAGUGUCAGAAGCCUUAGAUCGUGAAUCAAAACCUGAAUAUGACAUCACACUGAUUGUGACAGAUGCAGGAGCGCCGCCAUUAUCUGAUAACGAAACAAUAACUCUGCAUCUGCUGGAUGUUAAUGACAAUGUCCCACAGUUCCCUCAGUCAUUUUAUACUAUACGUGUAAUGGAGAAUAACGCACCUGGGGCCCUGCUCAGUUCGCUUACUGCGUUUGACCCUGACCUCCAUGAAAACCAGUACCUAGUUUAUUUCAUCCUAGAGAAGGAGAUAGCCAACACCUCCAUGUCCAUGCUGUUCUCCAUCAAUCCAGAGAACGGUAAUCUUUACGCACUAAAAACUUUUGACUAUGAGAUUGAGAAGGAGUUUCUUUUCCAUAUCGAGGCCAGAGACUCUGGCUCUCCUCCACUCAGCAGCAACGUGACCGUCCACAUCAUUAUUGUGGACCAGAACGACAACGCUCCAGUCAUUGUCUCUCCGUGGCGCGCGCACGGCUCGGUGGUGGAGGAAAAAAUCCCCAGAUCCACUGAUAAAGGCUCUCUGGUUGCCAAGGUGAUAGCCUUGGACACCGACUCGGUGCACAACUCUCGGAUUACCUACCAGUUUCUACAGGUGACUGACGCCACCUUGUUCAGUCUGGACCAGUACAACGGAGAGAUCCGGACUAUGAGGAUGUUCAGUUACAGAGAUCCGCGUCACCAGCGACUGGUUGUUAUUGCCAAGGACAACGGGGAUCCUGCUCUCUCUGCUACAGUCACCAUCAAGCUGUCCACAGUGGAGACUGCUGUCAAGGCCUACUCUGACAUGACUGAGGUGCCUCUAGAAUAUGACAUCUUCUCAGACCUAAACCUGUAUUUGGUCAUCGGUCUGGGCUCGGUGUCAUUUCUCCUGCUGAUCACCAUAUUGGUCACCAUCGUGCUCAAGUGUCAGAAACCCAAGCCCAGCAAAGCAGCUCCUCCUUGCAGGAACAGUGUGAUCAGUGAGAGGAACUCCACCAUCGCAGACUCCACUCUGGUCUCCAACGAUGCCUACUGGUACAGUCUGUUUCUAGCAGAGACCAGGAAAGGAAAGCUGGUGGUCAGACAGCCUGUGCCAAAGGGCUCCAGAUACAUCGUGUCCAGUAUACCAAGGAGCACAGGAAUGUCAGAGACUAGUGACUCAGCAGCUUCCACUCUGCAGGUAAAUAAAUUAAAAUUCAAUUAACUGCAUCAUUUGUGUUUUCACCUCAUGAAAAUCCACCAAAUUAACCGUUAUUUACACGUGCCCUCCUGAAAAUGACAAAAUAGAAGAAAAAUGAAACAUGCUCUGGUAUUGAUAAUAUUCAUAAGAGGAUAAUUCUGUGAAUAUAAUGAUGAUCCUAAUUUAAAAUUCAAACAAAGUCUUACUACAGAAGUCGAUGCAAAGUACAACUAAAACGUUGUUUUUUUUUUAUUUUAUCGAAUUCGACAUUGAUAUAACUUUCAUGCAAGCCUAUGAUGAUGGUUUCGACGUUUAAUAAAAUAGUUAGGUGAACUGAUAAACUGCGCUUCUUUAAGCAAUAUCUGCAGAGGUAUAUAGUCUUAUAACUUAUUUUCAGUUGUAGGCUAUUUGAUAUUGU